AUGCGACGUGAAGCCCCACUGAAAAAGCCGGCCGCAGCUGUGAAUGCUACCUCAGGCGGAGACAAUGCUCAGCCUCCGGAUUUGGCGAAUCCAACGUAUUACAAGAGCGGGAACCGAUGGGCAGUCAAGCUGAAGAGCGAUGGCCGCGAGAUGUUUGGCGUUGCAUGCGCCUCUGAAGCCAUCACGAAGGUCAUUGCCCGUGAUCACUUCUUGGCUGGCAACACCCGUGAGUCCUGCAAAGCUUUGCUUGCAGCUGUGCUCAAUUAUUACAAUGCCAUGCAAGCAGAGUUGAAAGCCAGUCGCCUCGACCAGAUCAAGGCAGCAUCAGAAGCGGAGUCGGGCAAGGGAGAUGAUGAUUAUGAUGGCAACUAUGAUUAUGACGGCGAGGAGUAUGAGGAAGAGGGUGCGGCUCGCUUGCGGCGAGCCUGUGAGUGCCUAGAUAAUGCCAUCAAGGCAACGCCUGGCUGGAGAAGCUGCAAGUACAUCAUCGCCUACGAGCAGCACUUUGUUUCUGCUCGACACCAAGAGGAUGAGGUGUUAAUCAACAUGGGAGGUCGCACGCAUGAGUUUGAGUCCUUCCAGCUCACGCGUCAAGACCGCGGCAUUCGACGCCAUCCUGCCACCGGCAAACUAUGUGUUGACGACACCAGAUUCGACCAUGUGUUCGAGCUUGUUGACCAUGUCGAGCCAGCUUUGGUUGCGGACUACUCAGGUGGCAAACUUGUCCAGGAAGCUGCCGUGGAUUUUGAAGAAGUGUGGAACCAGCUUCAACUCCAGCGGCAGGAUACGGAUGGUGUGGUUUUGCGUCAUCCUCAGCCGCAGCGCAUCGUGAAUGAUCGCAAUCCAGAUCUAGUAGAAGCUGCCGUGGAUUUUGCAGAAGUACAGAACCAGCUUCAACUUCAGCGGCAAGAAACUGAUGGUGUGUUUUUGCGUCAUCCUCAGCCGCAGCACAUUGCGAAUGAUUGCAAUCCAGAUCUAGUUUCCGACACCGGCAGCGAGGAGAAUUUUGUGAUUUGUGCCAUUGCAUCUGUGCAGAAGCAUAGACAGAUGCUGCAGCAAAACGAGUUGGUUCAUCGCCAGGCCUAUAGCUUAUUGCGUGUCGAGAGAAUCAUGACAACCAACGACGUUCCAGCCGAGCAGUUUGCUUCCAGCUCAUCCAUUUCUCGGCGGCGCAUCACAAUGGAGUACUUCGGCGGUGUCCUACCAGGCUUGGUGGAUGGACAGCAGCUGGACUAUGCUGGUGGCGGCAGUUGGACAAGUGACGAACCUUAUCCAACUGCUUUGGACUUUUUCAAUGGCCAAACAGACUUUUUUCAGCAUGAAGCGGACAAGCACGUUGCAGUGGUUGUCAAAGUCAUGCGAGAGCAUUUGAACCUCUUGCGGACGUCGCCGUUGGCUGUGGCAUUUUUACCAGAUCCUCUUUAUCGAAACUCGAUAUCGAAGAGACUCUGGGAACGCCUCAUGUACCGAGCCAGGGCAAUCUUAGAUUUCGUGGAGCAGAAGCAGCACUACAUGCUCUUUGCAUUUCUGCACGCAGAGGCCAAGCAUGUAAAGGCCGGUUGCAGAAAUGCUGUGCAGGACUUGCCACACCCGAAGGAGUACGGCGGCACCGAUGAAGAGUGGCGAACGCUUGCACUGGAGCACGCUCUUCAGCUUCACCUGGAUUUAGCCUGGCAACAGAAAGAGCGCGGCGAUUUCAAGAAGGCGAUUCUCUCCGAAAACGACUACACUGGAGGUAGUCUUUCGGCAGACAUCCUCCAUGCCUUACCAGGAUACUUCUUUUCCUUUCACUACCUGAAGAAUUUAGCAUGUGCGUCUUCUGAAAUGAGACGCGCCGUGCAGAACCCAAAGCAUUGGAACGACAGGUGCAUCUCACUCAACUCAGUCGAGUUUACUGAUGGUCUGAAGCUGAGAUGCAUGACGCGGGCCUAUAUGUCCGCUCGCGCCGUGUCUUUAGAUCUACGACAACUUCCUUUGCUAGGUGAGUUUCCAAACAGUAUGUUGCUUGAGUGGACUGGUCGGGGCCUUCCACAACUCCGCAACCUGACAGGCUUCGAAUCGGCUGGACCGUUGCUGGGCACUGCUGUGUUCGAUGUUAUUCUGCCCCCCAACGCAGUGGGCAUGUACCUUGGCGUUCGUGACUGGGGAGAUCGAAGCGGAAGGAAGCAAUCGUUCUUCCGCUUUGAUAAUAUUUACACGGAAAGUGAAACACUUUCCUUCGCUUCGGGCGAUCUGCCACCGCAGCUUCACCGCAAACCACAGCGGGUGUCUUUGCAAGCUCAGCAAUCUCAUCGUGUUUUGCUUCGAUGGAAGCAAGACGUGAUGGAGCUGAUUAUCGAUGGUGUCGGAGUUGCCAGAAUCCGACCUAGGGAGAGUUCACCGGCGAGCUUCGGUAUCGCCCUGUUCCAGCUCCCAUUCAGCACAAUGCUUCCAUUACUUGUUUUCUUUGCCACAGAGAUCAUGAUCUUUGCCUACCCAGAUGGUCGAGUGGACAUGAGAUGCAAAGUGGAGGAGUAUGAAGGAGGCGCCGUGUUGGAUGAGCUGCUCGCGGAAUUGCCAGGAUUUUACUUUUCGUUUGACUAUCUCAAGAUGCUAGCGUCUGCUUCCAAGACAAUGCUUCGCGCCGUGCGGGAUCGUCGACACUGGCAAGGCAAGCUUGUGACAAUGAACACUGAAGAAUUUCAACUUCCCAUGAAGCUGAGAUGGAUGAUGGAAGCUUACAUGUCUGCACGUGUCGUCACCAUCAACGUUCGUCAGCUCACCAUGUUUACAGUUUUUCCUCGCAAUAUGCUCUUGGACUGGAGCGCGACAGCCAUGUUGGGCGGCCCUGGUCCUGCAGUUGUGCCAAAUAUGCCAGGGACAGGGUUUCAGUCAACCGGUCCUUUGAUGGGAAAUGCUGUAUUUGACAUCAUUCUGCCGCCCAACACAGUCGGCAUAUAUAUUGGAGUCCGAGACUGGUGUGACUUGCGUUCUCGGACGCAUGCCUACUGCAUGUUGGAGAAUAUUUUUGAGAAUGCACAAGCCUCGUUUGGAUUGGGAAAUGGUCCACCCCAACCACACAUGAGUGCCCGAACAAUUCGGUUUCAACCCGACCACACCCAUCGCAUCGUCUUCCGAUGGAAUCCGAGAAUGUUCCAGAUUGCACUGGAUGGCGUGAACGUAGCCACAGCCCGUGCUCGUGAAGGAGCUCCAGCUGCGCCAUGUGCUUUGGCAAAGCUUUUUUUUUGGGUCUAUGGCCGGCCUACCAGGAACUUUGUCUUGCUUCAGUAUCGCCCAGUACCAUCUCUCGUCGACAACAACGCCACAAUCAGGUGCGUUAUUUGCAACAGGGACCACGGGCUGCAUCUGCCUCGCUGGUGUGUCUGUCCACACUGCGACACAUGGGUUUGUUCGGUUCAUGCUGUACACCUUCCUGAACGACUGUGUCCACGAUGUCCGAACCAGUUGAUUGAUUACAUCGGUGGAAGUACUGAAACGGCAGAGGCUUUCCCACAUGCUGUGGAUUACGUUUACAGCAGAGAGCAGAAAUUGCAGAACGGCAUGACCUUUACUGCGUCGUCCGAGAAGGAGGAAGGGAAGGACUUUUGCGGCGGGGCUGCUGAGGAAUUACAUCUGGUGUCUAACAACAUGACGUUCAAUACAUGGUUGCGUUUCAGCUCGAGUCGGUCCGAAGCAUGGUGCCGGCGAGAGAAACGACGCAGGUUGCAAUGCAACCGCAACAAGAGCAGCAAUGGUUGGUCGGACUUAGCGCCUCGGUUGCUGCUCGACUUGAUACCGCAGGAUUUUACGCAUCUGCCAGCUGCUCAGCCAGAUUGCAGCUUGCUGUCUCGCCUGCACGAACAUGAUCGGGACAAGCGAAUCAACUUCCUGUCAGAGACUCACGUCUACUAUGUGGACGGCGUCCCGAUGAGCAUUUCCGUGACUGGCUUAGUUCACAAAUUCGCUGAAAUUUUCGAUGCGGACGGUGCAAUCGCCAACAUGCAAAACAGUUCAAGAUGGCCGCGCCCUGAAUAUUCCAGCGUGCAGACAAACGGCAUGCUCCUGCCCAUGACUGCCGCGGAGAUCAAGCACAUGUGGCUUCAGAAUUCUCGAGAUGCAGCUCACCGCGGUACAUGGAUGCAUCUCCAAAUCGAGGUCCUUAUGAACGGCGGUUUCGUAGCUGGUCAUUGGCCUGAGCUGAAGUUGUUUGGUCAAUUCCUAAGAGAAUUCUCCCGUCCCUUGCUGGCAUUUCGCACCGAGUGGUGCAUUUUUGCAAAGGAGCACAGUUUGGCCGGUUGCAUCGACUUCGUGGCCAAAACAUCGAACAACAGCCUGGUCCUGUUCGAUUGGAAACGAACCAAAAACCUGCGCAUGAAAUACACCAACAAAUUUCGGAAUAUGCAUUCGCCUUUGAAUCAUAUUCCAGACUGCGCAGGUUGGCACUACCGCCUGCAGCUGAACACGUACAAAUACAUCCUAGAGCAUCACUAUGGCUAUGUUGUGUCUGCGAUGUACGUCGUUUGCCUUCAUCCUGACAACAUGGAGACAGGUCCAUUCCUUGACGAGGUUCCCAACAUGUCGCACGACGUGGCUGCUAUGCUAACGGCAAACGCAGGCGGUAAAGAUGUUCCUUGGCAGGAUGUGGCGGGCGGCGCAGAUCCCGAUGCGGGCGCUUCGCAGCCAUCCUUCAGCGCCCGCCUGGCUGCAGAACAGGAAGAGAUGGAUGUGGCAGAGUCGCCAGCUGACAGAGCAACGCAGGAUAAUGAAGCUUUAGCACUGGCAUUGACUCAGAAUGGUUCGGAAGCUCAGAACGACCUAGCCUUGGCCAUACCAUCUGGCGACCUUCCUGAGGAAGCCAUUAGCACUGCGAAAAAAAGGCGCUUGAUGCCACGUGCAACCAACUCUCACGCAGACUUCGAGGACUUAUUCGACUUGAGCGCAACAGCAUGUUCCUUUUCCUUGUCUACAUGUCCUACUGUCGAGAACAACUUCCCGGUGGUGUCUGUAAAGGAGCAAGCGAGGAAACUCAUCGAGUAUAUUCGUGUUAGGCAACCAACCUGGCCCGAAGACAUGGUGCGCCUCGCUGCUUCGGCAUUAAACGUUUACCGGACGCGCUUCACGGAUAUCUUCGUCCGUGAUCUCGUCAGUCUUAUUUGGAUGAUUGAAGGUUGGCCGGACAAGACAGCCUACAUGCUUGCGAAAGUCUUGGCACCGCUGCAGAAGGAUUUGCUUGAAGAACGACGGCUCCUUCACUUCCUCAUCCAAUGGUGUGACACACCCUCUCAGCGGCAGGCUGGGUGCGCCUACCAAGACAUCUCGGUGGUUUAUGACGUAAGUCCUACUGAACAUGUAAAGCUGGUCUUGCCAUCGCCAGAGAACAAUCUGUAUGUCAGAAUCUCCCAUCCUUUGCAGCCACACUUGCCGGAUCCUGUACUACGUGACGCCAAGCUUCGACUCGAAAAGUUUGUCAAGCAAACCUUUUGGUGCAAUCAGCAGUACUACAAGGCGACCCUGGCGGCAAUCGGGCUAGCGAAACGUGGUGAAAACAUCGAUCGCUGCUUUAUCGGCGAAUCUGCCGGCGGAACUGGCCAGUCUCUGUUCAGCAGCCACCUGGCUGCUGUAUACAGUCAUAACCACGCAUUCAUCGACCCGAAUCUCUUCCAUAAUGAAGAAGAGAUGCGAAAGCAGCUCGAGCAGUUUGCUCACUGUUGGAUCAUCACCGCCCAGGAAGCCCCGGAAACCCACCGGCACUUCCAGCAGGACUUAUACAAGAAAUUCAUGUCGGCUGAUGAUCUUGCGGGUCGCAAACCGUACGGUUUCGUUACAAAGAUGAUGCGGGUUUGUGGAUUCAAGAGAUUCGAGACCAACAAAAUCAUGACUUUCCGAAACGUCAUGGAAACUAACUUCAACUCAAUUUACAGACGCUGCCUGGUGUGGAAGCCUCAGCCAAUCUUUGUGGAGAACACAUCCUUUGGAGAUGCUUACAAUGAUCCAGAUGUUGAUGGCAUCUUCGAGAAGGAUCCCACCCUGCGAAGUUUUCUCGAAAGCGGUCCGGCUAUUGCAGCUGCGUUACAACAGCAGCACGGCUUCGAAUCUCAUUACUCUCGACAGGACUGUUUUCAAUUGAUCGAAGACUACGCCUUAAGCGGCCUGACGGAGCGCAAAGUCAGAGAAGCUUGUGGCCUGCGUCCUCGGGAGGACCAGCGCCACAAGCGCAUUUACUUGCCUAAGAGUCCAGAGCCGACCGCGGAGAAUCCGCACAGCAAUUUCGCCGCGAUGCUGAAGCGGACUGAGGAGGAGGCCGACCAGGCAGUGCAACACACCACGCCUGUUGAGAAAGCACAGGCGGCAACCGUGAAAUAUUUCUUGAAGACAGACAAGGCACAGGUGACAAAGACUUGGUGGACACGGUUUGCCAAAGCCAAGCUCGGAUAUAGCAAGGACAUGUUCGAGGAGUUGGUCAAGGAAAAUGUUUUUCUUCCAGUGGAUUCAAAAUCAGAACCAGAGAAUUUCAUUCCGACCAUACCAUGCACGAAGUCCUUGGAGGAUGUCCUCAUCGUCGGGUAUGAGUCUGAGGCAAUCGUGGUGCGGGAGCGUCUCAAUGCCAGGAAACUGUGGGACGCUGUGGAACGCAAUGCUGCUCGAACUGCAAAUGCCGAACUCCUCGUGCAUUUCUACUCUCACGUGAUAUCCAGGUUAGAGUCCGGAAGAGGCCGUAAAUCUCUGCAGCAUUUAGAGAAACUUGCUCUUUGGCGAAGCUUUCAUGACAAACUACGGAAACACGAAGACUGUGCUGGCGGACUGCUGGACUUACUGGAGAAGCAGCUUCCACAAACGACUGAGCAACCUCGCGAGCAGCCAUGUACAGCAAAAGCGAAAGAGACGCUUACUCGUCGAGCUAUAAGAAAGAAAUCUUCUGUCGCAGCACUUGAAGCAUCAUCUCCAGGCCAGAGCACGUCUUCAUCAAGUGGUGUACGACCUGCAAAUCCUUUUGAAGCAGGCGACGGCUUUGUCGAGCUUGAUGUCACUUAUAAGUACAAGUUGCCGUGUGUGCGUACUCGCAAAUACGGAGACUGUCAUUCUGUGCAGAAUUUGGGUACCGCGUGGCAGGCGGUCGCAUUGGCAGAUACGAUAGAUCUCGACAUUGAGAACUGCUCCUUCACGUUGCUCUUACAAAUCUUAACCAAAUUACAGCCGAAGCACGAGUGUUGGCCGGCAGUCAAGGAGACUUUGCGUCUUUGUGCCAAGGAGCGGAAGCAUGUUAUCGAGAAUACACUGAAGCUGCCUCUGUCGGAAGGAAAGCUGCUGCUGCAAAAGAUUUUGAAUGGCGGCUCGCCACCCCAGGAGCUUGCAGGCAACACCUUCGUGCAGGAGCUGCAGCAGGCAUCCUUGUUUUGCCGGUGGGUAGCGGCGACAGUGCUCAAGGACACAGCUUGGCCUUCCUUGGUACAAAUGAAAGAAAGGCCAGACGUUUCCGUCCUGACCUACUUCUGGAAUAUUGCUGAAGAUUUGGUUCUAGAUUCCUGGCUUGGCAAGGUGCAGCCACUGCAAAGCAAACACAUGUCAUUGCACUUUGAUGGCAUCAGAGUAGAUCGCGACAUCGCGCAGCCUGAUGUGAAAGCUUUCUGUAAAAGCUGCAGCGAUGCCAUUUUCGAGGAAACCGGCCUGGACGUCCAUAUUCGUGCUAAAGAACGAUACACCUUUCACGCUUUGUUGACGCAGGUGAACGACAGUAAAGCAGUCGAGUGUCCUGAGAAGUUGCGUGAACCAGGAAAUUGUAUACUCGCAGCACUACAUCAUCUUGGUUUACAAGAGCAGGCAAGUUCCAUGGCAGAUAUGACAGAAGGCCCGGAGCACACUUUUUUUUUGCGACGCCGGCAAAGAAGGUAUUCGCAGGUUGCCGAGAAGUUGAUGCUCCACAUCUUUGCUCGACUUCCGUCAGGUAAUUUAAAGUCAGGCCAGAAGGUUCUUCUUCAUCUUGCCACGGACGGCAACCCGCACAGUCUUGCUAUGGAGGUCCUGCCGGGGGAGCAAAUUUGUGUGACGGAUGUCAACGUCAGCUACACUUUUCCUGUCCAACAUCUUGCACACAUGCUGUCGGAAGCAACCGAUCGUAAGUACAUUCUCUUUUUCUACGUGAACCAAAAGCCCGCAAAGAACGAACGUGAUGCAGAAGACAAGGAAUAUGAGAUGCUUCUGGACACCUUGGCAGGCGGCAAGGAACAUGGAUAUGACGAGUUCGUUAAAGACCUGGAGUUGCCUGUUGUGGACGAGAAAGAAGAAGACGAUGACGCGGCGGAUGAUGAUGAGAGCGUGACCAGAGUGAGUGACAAACUUCUGGAAGUACUUCGCAAUGAGGUCACUGCUUUACUGAACAUGAAGUCAGCCAAAGUGUCUUCAGAGGUGAAGAAGAAUGGGCGUGCAGUGUGUCCCUUUUGUCCGAUGCGGUCUUGGAAUAAUAAUCGGCAGGAUCGUGUUCUUGAGCAUGUCAGACAGUAUCACUCAGAGAGAAAGCAAUUCGUGGCUAGUGGAACGAAACAACUCAAGAUCAUCAUUGCGCUCCACGACCACGAUCAAUGCCGGCGACAACCUCUAAGGCACUACCUGCGUCGCAGCGCUAGUCUACUUGCCGCAUCCUUGGACGAGACUAUCUCGACCAAGCACAUGCUUAUCGACAAAGAGAUAAGACUUGUUUUCACAGGCGACGGUCCCCAAUAUUGGUCUCUGGCAGCUGUGCAGCAGGGCGAGCUGCGCCGAGUACGUAAUUUGUACUACACCCGAUCAUUCGGUCAGCUGGUGUACGCGCUCCAUGCUCGACUUCUGGCCACCUUCCCCGGUGAGACUAACAGCCUCCUACCUCGGCAUGUCAAUCACUGGUGGCCAUUGGUCGAAGACAUUUUCAUGUCACCGCGCAUCACAAGCCUGGAGCAAGAGCUAAAAGCGGAACUAGUCCAUCAUGAAGAGUUCGAAGUAGUAAGUAUGGACGCAACGCUGCGCUGCUGUUUGCCCAUCAUGGGCCAGGCACACCCCAGGGCAUCCCGCGAAGAAAAAAUGCGAGCAGCUUUUCAUGGAGAAACAGCGCUGACUCGGGCCUUUUGGUUGCACCUAUGCCAAUUGUUUGUCGUCACUUGUCGUGGACGAACGAACGCAGUUCUUAUGCUGUGUGCCACGACAACAGACGAGGCUGAUGUUCUUGUCGAGGCCAUGGCUAACAAUCUCCCAGCAUCUGGCCUCCGGCAAGUGCGAUGCGUGGCUGUCGACAACCCGUCGACUAGGCUAUGGCAGAGUCUUCGUCACAUUUGUCCGAACCUGCAAGUUCUAGCUCUCGACCCAGUCCAUCUUGCGAUGACUUGCGAAUAUGCAUCGGGUCGCAAACGUACAGCAUUAACUAAGACUUUGCGUCUCAUCUUGCGCAAGUUGACUGUACACAGUCCACAUUGCACUGAGAAGACGUGGGGACCUGUUUUCAGGGGCGACAACUGCAAGGCCCUAACUCGGGAAGAAGAAAAAGCUCGGUCACAGAUCGAGGAUCGCAGUAUGCCUCUGAAGAAAGCGACGGCGCUGCUGGAGAAUUUGGAUGGCUCCGUUCCUUUCUUCGAGCGGUGCGAGUGGACUCAGUCUCUGGCCGCUGUGGCAGCUGUUUACCGUGACGACAUGGAUCGCGUCGUACCUGGCCCGAACCGCAAAGUUGUGCAGCUACUACACACGGCAGCGGCUGCAGCACGGACGGAGUGGUAUCUCAACAACCUCCGUGCCCGACAUAUGAUAUCAUCCAAGAGGCUCAGCUUGCUUCCUGUCGGCACCACGUCCAAUGAAUCUUUACAUCACGAGAUCAACAAUUUCUUCAGAGAGACCCAAAAAAUACACAAAACGACCUUGUCCCUGAAGCUGAAGAUUCUGCAACUUUCCAAGCUCAUGACCCACAAUGCCGCUCUUCUGGGCGGCCUUUAG